GGUUGGCCACUCUCGGGCUGGUAUCACCUCCAAAUAUUUGGCAUAGAGUAAGUACUUCUUUAUCAUUGGACUCCGUCUGAAUUUGCCCCACCAUUCCCCAUCGAGUCCCAUGAUGUCCCAGGUGGUACUCUGUGGGACUCGAUCAGUCAACAAAAGUCCCAAUUGUUGUUGUGAUUCAAAGAGUUAUUAUACCUUAUGGAGUAAACAUGGAGAACCAGAUUCAUCCAGAGGCGGUUGCCUAUCAGCCUCAGCAGCAAGUGGUGUACACCAUUCAACCCCCACCUACCAGUGGUAAGGUUGAACAAUUCAAUGGAAGAGCAGCAACCAUAAUAGGAUCCUUAAUGAUUGUUUUGGGGAUUUUAUCUAUUGCUCUAGGGGGUGCAGCUUUUGGAAUAAUGGCAUCAUUGUAUUUCAUUGGUGCAGGAAUCUGGUGCGGGUUUUUGACUGAACUGCUUGCUAUAAAUGCAUUACUGGUGAUGGCAUGUACCGUGCAAGCAAUUCUGUGUAUCACAUCCUCAGCCUACUGCUGUAGGGCUGUCUGUUGUUGCUGCAACAAGAAUGUAUUAAUUACACAUGACCAUAUUAUUGGACAAGGACACCAAGAAGUCCUAACAAUGACCACAAGUGGGCAACAAGAAGUCCCAACAAUGGCCCCAAUAGGACAACAAGGACUCCCAACAAUGGCCCCAAUAGGACAACAAGGACUCCCAACAAUGGCCACAAUGGAACACCAAGAAGUCCCAACAAUGGCCCCAAUAGGACAACAAGGACUCCCAACAAUGGCCACAAGUGGACAACAAGGACUCCCAACAAUGGCCACAAGUGGACAACAAGGACUCCCAACAAUGGCCAAAAUGGAACACCAAGAAGUCCCAACAAUGACCACAAGUGGGCACCAAGGAGUCCCAACAAUGACCACAAGUGGGCACCAUGGGGUCCCAACAGUGACCACAAGUGGGCAACAUGGAGUCCAAAUAAUGCCUAUAAGUGACCAGUCAGACAAUGCUGCCCUUGUGCCACAGAUAAAUGCCACCAACCAACAAGGUGUCCGUAGCAUCAACAUUCCACCUGGCUACAGUAUCACUAUACAACCAACACCUGAAUACAUUGCUAGUGUACCGCAGUCCCAAGCUGUCGGUGACCAACCUCCCCAGUCGUGGAAAACCCAAAUCAUUGAAAAUCAAUGAACUAAAUAGUUAUAGACACAAACAAUAAAUGAACUCAACCAAUUUAAAUGCAUCAAAUUGAUGAAAAAAUGAAUGGUGUCAAAUGAUGCCAAUAUAUAUCCAAGAGAAAUAGAAAUUGAAAAUGACUUUCAUGAGAAAAAA